UCCUCCCUCCGCCCUCCCUUCGCGGGGCUUGCCUCCUCCCCUCCUCCUCCUCCUCUUCCAGAGGCAUCACUUCAUCCCGGCCGGGAGAAGGACGCUAGCCCCUCGCCCGCGGUCAUCGGAGCCCAGCGCCAGGGCUGCCACCGCGCUGCCCGCCAUGCGCCCUCUGUCCGCGCGUCCUCCGAGCACUGCGGAGAUGGGGCCCAUCCGACCGACUUCCGUGCCCCGGCCUGGUCACCUGCUGCGCUGCAUCUUGCUCCUCGGGGCGCUGCACCUCGGCCACCCGGGGGACGCCGCCGCCGCCCUCCCGGAACCUGAUGUCUUCCUCAUCUUCAGCCAUGGUCUGCAGGGCUGCCUGGAGGCCCAGGGUGUGCAGGUUCGAGUCACCCCAGUCUGCAAUGCCAGUCUACCAGCCCAAUGCUGGAAGUGGGUCUCCCGGAACCGGCUCUUCAAUCUGGGUGCCAUGCAGUGCCUGGGCACAGGUUGGCCGAUUGCCAAUACCACGGCCUCCCUGGGCAUGUAUGAGUGUGACCGAGAGACCCUGAGUCUUCGCUGGCACUGCCGCACACUAGGGGACCAGCUGUCCCUGCUGCUGGGGGGACGUGCUAGCAAUGCAUCCAAGUCCGGCACUCUUGAGCGUGGUGACCAGACCCGUGGUGGUCAGUGGCACAUAUAUGGCAGUGAAGAGGAUCUUUGUGCUCGGCCCUACUAUGAGGUCUAUACCAUCCAGGGAAACUCCCAUGGGAAGCCAUGCACCAUCCCCUUCAAAUACGACAACCAGUGGUUCCAUGGCUGCACCAGCACGGGCCGUGAGGAUGGGCACCUGUGGUGUGCCACCACUCAGGACUAUGGCAGAGAUGAACGCUGGGGAUUCUGCCCUAUCAAGAGUAAUGACUGUGAGACCUUCUGGGACAAGGACCAGUUGACUGACAGCUGCUACCAGUUUAACUUCCAGUCCACACUGUCCUGGAGAGAGGCCUGGGCCAGCUGUGAACAGCAGGGCGCAGAUCUGCUGAGCAUCACAGAGAUCCACGAGCAGACCUACAUCAAUGGACUCCUUACCGGUUAUAGCUCCACACUAUGGAUCGGCCUUAAUGACUUGGACACCAGUGGCGGCUGGCAAUGGUCAGACAACUCGCCCCUCAAGUACCUCAACUGGGAGAGCGAUCAGCCAGACAACCCAAGUGAAGAGAACUGUGGAGUGAUCCGCACGGAGUCCUCAGGUGGCUGGCAAAACCGUGACUGCAGCAUCGCACUGCCCUAUGUGUGCAAGAAGAAGCCCAAUGCCACGACAGAGCCCAUCCAGCCAGACAGGUGGACCAACGUCAAGGUGGAGUGUGAGCCGAGCUGGCAGCCUUUCCAAGGCUACUGCUAUCGCCUGCAGGCGGAGAAGCGCAGCUGGCAGGAAUCCAAGAAGGCCUGUCUGCGGGGUGGGGGGGACCUGCUCAGCAUCCACAGCAUGGCAGAGCUGGAGUUCAUCACCAAGCAGAUCAAGCAAGAGGUAGAGGAGCUGUGGAUCGGCCUCAACGAUUUGAAACUGCAGAUGAAUUUUGAGUGGUCUGACGGGAGCCUUGUGAGCUUUACCCAUUGGCACCCUUUUGAGCCCAACAACUUCCGUGACACUCUGGAGGACUGUGUGACCAUCUGGGGACCGGAAGGGCACUGGAAUGACAGUCCCUGUAAUCAGUCCUUGCCAUCCAUCUGCAAGAAGGCAGGCCAGCUGAGCCAGGGAGCUGCUGAGGAGGACCAUGGCUGCCGGAAGGGUUGGACAUGGCAUAGCCCAUCCUGCUAUUGGCUGGGAGAGGACCAGGUGACCUACAGCGAGGCCAGGCGCCUGUGUACUGACCACGGCUCUCAGCUGGUCACCAUCACUAACAGGUUCGAGCAAGCCUUCGUCAGCAGCCUCAUCUAUAACUGGGAGGGCGAGUACUUCUGGACAGCCCUGCAGGACCUCAACAGCACUGGCUCCUUCCGUUGGCUCAGUGGGGAUGAGGUCAUGUACACCCACUGGAACAGGGACCAGCCUGGGUACAGCCGUGGAGGCUGUGUGGCUCUGGCCACAGGGAGUGCCAUGGGGCUAUGGGAGGUAAAGAACUGCACCUUGUUCCGGGCUCGCUACAUCUGCCGACAGAGCUUGGGGACACCUGUGACACCAGAGCUGCCUGAGCCAGACCCCACACCCAGCCUCACUGGCUCCUGUCCCCAGGGCUGGGCUUCAGACCCCAAACUCCGGCACUGCUAUAAGGUGUUCAGCUCAGAGCGACUGCAGGACAAGAAAAGCUGGAUUCAGGCUCAGGGAGCUUGCCGGGAGCUGGGGGCCCAGCUGCUGAGCCUGGCCAGCUAUGAGGAGGAACACUUUGUGGCCAACAUGCUCAACAAGAUCUUUGGUGAAUCAGAGCCUGAGAUCCAUGAGCAGCACUGGUUUUGGAUUGGCCUGAACCGUCGGGACCCUAGAGAGGGUCAGAGCUGGCGCUGGAGCGAUGGCCUAGGGUUCUCCUACCACAAUUUUGACCGGAGCCGGCAUGAUGACGAUGACAUCCGGGGCUGUGCAGUGCUGGACCUGGCCUCCCUGCAGUGGGUAGCCAUGCAGUGCGAGACACAGCUUGACUGGAUCUGCAAGAUCCCUAGAGGUGUGGAUGUGCAGGAGCCAGAUGCUGGCACACAAGCAGGCCGGCGGGAGUGGCUGCGCUUCCAGGAGGCAGAAUACAAGUUCUUUGAACACCACUCCUCAUGGGAGCAGGCACAGCGCGUCUGUACUUGGUUUCAGGCAAAUCUGACCUCUGUUCACAGCCAGGCAGAGCUGGACUUCCUGGGGCACAAUCUGCAGAAGUUCUCCUCAGGCCAGGAACAGCACUGGUGGAUCGGCUUGCACACCUCUGAGAAUGAUGGCCGCUUCAGGUGGACAGAUGACUCUAUUAUAAACUUCAUCUCCUGGGCACCGGGUAAACCUCGACCCAUUGGCAAGGACAAGAAGUGUGUAUACCUGACAGCCAGCCAAGAGGACUGGGGAGACCAGAAAUGCCACACAGCCCUGCCCUACAUCUGCAAGCGCAGCAACAGCUCUGGAGAGACACAGCCUCCAGACCUGCCACCUUCAGCCCUAGGGGGCUGUCCCUCUGGCUGGAACCAGUUCCUCAAUAAGUGUUUCCGAAUCCAGGGCCAGGACCCCCAGGACCGUGUGAAAUGGUCAGAGGCACAGUUCUCCUGUGAACAGCAAGAGGCCCAGCUGAUCACCAUUGCAAACCCCUUAGAGCAAGCAUUCAUCACAGCCAGUCUCCCCAAUGUGAACUUUGACCUUUGGAUUGGCCUCCACGCCUCGCAGAGGGACUUCCAGUGGGUGGAGCAGGAGCCUCUUCUGUAUGUCAACUGGGCACCAGGGGAGCCCUCUGGCCCCAGCCCUGCUCCCAGUGGCACCAAGCCGACCAGUUGUGCGGUGGUCCUGCACAGCCCUUCAGCCCACUUCACUGGCCGCUGGGAUGAUCGGAGCUGCACAGAGGAGACACAUGGUUUCAUCUGCCAGAAGGGCACAGACCUGUCUCUGAGCCCAUCACCAGCAGCGUCACCCCCUGCCCCUGGCACUGAGCUCUCCUACCUCAAUGGCACCUUCCGGCUGCUGCAGAAGCCACUGCGCUGGCACGAUGCCCUCCUACUGUGUGAGAGCCGAAAUGCCAGCCUGGCUUACGUACCUGACCCCUACACCCAAGCCUUCCUAACACAAGCUGCCCGGGGGCAGCGAGCACCACUCUGGAUUGGGCUGACCAGUGAGGAGGGCUCAAGGAAGUACUCCUGGGUCUCAAAGGAGCCACUGAACUAUGUGAGCUGGCAAGACAGGGAGCCCCAGCAGUUGGGGGGCUGUGCUUAUGUGGAUGUGGAUGGAGCCUGGCACACCACCAGCUGUGACACUAAGCUGCAGGGAGCCGUGUGUGGGGUUAGCAGGGGGUCCCCUCCUCCCCGAAGGAUAAGCUCCCAUGGCAGCUGUCCCCAGGGGUUGGCUGACUCGUCAUGGAUUCCCUUCAGGGAGUAUUGCUAUUCCUUCCACAUGGAGCUGCUGUUGGGCCACAAGGAGGCACUUCAGCGAUGCCAGAGAGCGGGUGGGACAGUCCUGUCCAUUCUUGAUGAGAUGGAGAAUGUGUUUGUCUGGGAGCACCUGCAGACCUCUGAAGGCCAGAGUCGAGGAGCCUGGUUGGGCAUGAACUUCAACCCCAAAGGAGGCAUGCUAGUUUGGCAUGACAACACAGCCGUGAACUACUCUAACUGGGGACCCCCUGGCCUGGGCCCCAGCAUGCUGAGCCACAACAGCUGCUACUGGAUCCAGAGCAGCAGUGGGCUGUGGCGCCCUGGCGCCUGCACCAACAUCACCAUGGGUGUUGUCUGCAAGCUCCCUCGAGUGGAAGAGAGCAGCUCCCCAUCAGCUGCACUCCCGGAUUCUCCCGCGGCCCUGGUGGUGGUACUGAUGGCCGUGCUGCUUCUCCUGGCCCUGCUAACCGCGGCUCUCAUCCUCUACCGGCGCCGACAGAGCGCAGAGCGUGGGACCUUCGAGGGCGCCCGCUACAGUCGUGGCAGCUCUGGCCCGGCAGAGGCCACAGAAAAGAACAUCCUGGUGUCUGACAUGGAAAUGAAUGAGCAGCAAGAAUAGAGUCAAGGGCGUGGUCAGGGCGGGGCCAGAGCGGGGGUUAGGCCGGGAGGGCCCAGGUCAGCGGGCCCCUACCACCUUCCGAGUACAGUUGGCUGGUGGAGGGGAGCCCUUGGGAGCAGCUACUGGGAGGGGCUGGGCGUGGCCUGGGCUGGGGUGGAGGUACCCAGCCUCCCACAGGGGCAGAGUGCAGGUGGUAUAACCCCCUUCUGGGGUUUCUGAGAUCUUGCCACCUGGGCCUGGACCCCUCCCCCAUCUCCAUGGAAAUUGGAGGCAGGAUGGGAAGGGGAACAAGAAUUCAGUUCUGCCUCUUUCUCCCCAGAGCCCUGAUCCCAAGCCUGCUGACCCGCAGCCCAGGAUCCUUUCCUCUUUGCAGAUCUGGGGAGCCUGCCCUGUCCCCUAGGGCAGCUCUCUCCCAUUUCUCUCCUGUCACCUGGUUCCUUUGGCUCUGUGUCCUCAGCCUGCCCUCUCCCUUCUUAUCACCCAGCACAUCCUUUUAAGCCAGGGUCCUGGGGCUUGGGAACCCUCUUGCUCUUUGUGGGGGUCAGCUGAGGGGGCCAAGCAUCUGUCCUGUACCUGCUGGAAUGACCCUGGGUGUAGAAGGAGGGGGCCUGGGUGGUUCAGGCCUGAGAACCAGGACACCAGUGUGGUGUCUGCUGGAGUGGAGAUGGGACUAUGGAGAGACACCCAACCCUCCCAAGGGGGUGUCAUCUCCUGCCGGUCAGGGGAGGCUCUGUCCCUGAAAGAGUCCCCUGUGGGGAUCAAAGUAAGUUCCCUAAUGUCUCCAUUUCCAAGCUUCGGUUUGGAGAGAGGGGAGAGGGCUGCUAGGGUGCUGGAGGCUUGGAGAAGUAGAAGCCUGGGACAGCACCAGGUGCCACCCUCUAAUGGGACCCGGGGAAACAGUGCCUCAAUGAAACAGUGCCCCAGCUCCUGAAGCCACCCAGCAAGCACCUUUCCAAGAAGUGGAACCCAGCCAGGAUGGCGUGUGCCAGUCCCUCUGUCCCAGUCUGGGAUAAUGUGAACAAAAACUCAAAGACAUGGUCCUUUUAUUGUAGUUCUUGAUUUUUUAAAAUGUGCCAUUAUUGUUUUUAAAAAAAAGAAAGGGAGGGGAAAAAAGAAAAAUAAAACACCUCUCAGAGGCUUGAGAAAUGA